AUAGAUUUGCAGCGAAUUUUCCGCUAAGCAAGGACGCUUUUAUGUAUGUGCUGGACAAAAUCAAGGACAAAUUUAAUUGCCGCCUGUCCUCGUCUGUAACGCCACUGCUAAAAUUGUGUUGCGCACCGAGAUUUUUUGCGCAUGGCAGUUAUCAGCCGUUGUAGGGUCUUGCGCAACCUACAGUUUCGCUCAUUUUAAAGGAGGUAUUGCCCAUUUUAGAAAGAGAAAUUUGCAGUGCUUCGAUAAUCACAGAAAUGACAGAAGAAGAGAAGCAACAGGCAAGGAGCAAAUUUUUCUCCAGAUCAGGAAUACCCGACGUAAUUGGCUGUGUUGACGGAACACAUAUUGCGAUUUAUGCCCCCACCGCAAAUAGACACCGCUAUCUAAAUAGAAAAGGCUUUUUUAGUAUAAAUGCUAUGAUUGCUUGCGAUCAUGACAUGAAUAUCCGGUUUGUGGAUGCUAGAUAUGCUGGUUCUACACAUGAUUCGUUCGUGUGGAACAAUAGUUCAUUAAAGACUUAUUUGGAGAAUAUGCAUCAAAGUGGCGAUCAUAACUCUAUUUAUUUAGGUGAUUCCGGAUAUCCACUUAGUCCUUAUUUACUAACACCCUUCCGCCAUGCAGACUCUGGAACUAGGGAGUCAAUUUUUAAUAAGAAGCACGCGAAAGCUAGAAACGUCGUUGAACGUACGAUCGGAGUUUUGAAAUGUCGCUUUCGAUGUCUCCUGAGUGAUCGAAAAAUGCGCUACGAUCCUGCUAAAGCAACAUCCAUUAUAAAUAUUUGUUGCGCUUUCCACAAUAUUUGUAAGAAAUUUAGAAUCAGUGAUCCAGAAGAAGCUGAAAUUUUUAUUGACACCGUUGUAUCAUCAGAGCCAAUCAGUGAAGAUGCCAAUAAUACAUCAGGAGAGCGCCGCAGAAGGCAAAUAGCUGAUGCGUUGUUGUAAAAUUAAUUGCAGUUCGGUUUAUUGAAUAAAUUCAAAAUCAUUUACCUUACUUUUGUUCCUUUUAUUUCAUUUCUACUAAUUCUACUUCAAAAUUCUUUAUUAUAUACAUGUUAAAUUAAACCUAAUUGUUUCUAUGCUCUUAAACUUAAUAAAAAUCACAAGUUGAAUUCAGUACCUUCAUCAAAAAUUAAACUUAAAACUAAUU